CAUUAUUAUCAAAAAGAUACUUUACACCAGCUGUGACUCAGUAUCGCUAGUUUACUUCAACAGUCAAACAGGUUAAGAAAAGACAGUAACUGAGGUGACAGAAAAAAGACCUUAACCGCAGAUCAUAAUGGAAACAACAUCCUCCCUGUUUAAGUCAGUGUCUCGGCGGGUAUGGUCGCCUCCUCAGCGUCCGUUCAGAGUGUGUUCCUGGAACAGAGAGGUCAAAAAAGGAAUCACUGCCGGAACUCUAGAGGAGCUCAAAGAGAAGGCAGCCCAGGCUCUCUUGAUAUCUAUUAUGAUGACUUUGGUGUGUGAAGAAGACGGGACAGAGGUUGACUCAGAAGAGUUCCUCUUAGCUCUGCCGGACAACACUGUUUUUAUGGCCCUAAAACCCGGAGAGAUCUGGAAACCUCACCCUUUACGUCAAAAGGGUGGAAACAAACCAGGUGAGAGUAAACCAAGGACAGGAAAAGACAUUGCUCAAAUCACCUUCGAUCUUUACCGUACGCACCCCAAAGACGUAUUCGGCUCACUAAAUGUGAAAGCCACAUUCCAAGGGCUCUACUCGGUCAGCGCAGAUUUUCAAUGCUUGGGGCCAAAGAAAGUCCUGAGGGAGGCCCUCAGGGUCAUGUCGACUCUACUCCAUGCUGCUGGACACUUACUGAUCUCAUCUGCUGCUGUAAUUCGCCGCAUUAUCCAUGGGGCGGAUCUCCUUCAAGCUCAGCAUGGCAAACCUAUAGAGUAUUGGGAAUAACUGGAGUGUAAGGAGUAACCAGAGAAAUUGGACAUGAAUUCGAGAUCGCUAAAAAUGUAACGGAGGGACGCUUUUCUAAAAUGUUUCCUAGAUAGGUUUAUAUGGUAACAUUAAGGUUCAUGUUAACAUUGAUGCAUUAGGUAUAAUGAAUAACAACAAUUCAUCUAGGCAAAUGUUAAUUUACCCACCACUGUAAUUUAUUCCAGUAAUGGUAAAGCUGAAUUUUUAGCAACUGUUAGCAGUUUCGAACUUUACAAAUCAUUUUUAGAAAUCAUUCUAAUAUGCUAAUUUUGGUGCUCAAAAAUAUUUAUUAUUAUUAGUGUUAAUACUUGUGGGAAUCAAAAAUAGAAAGCACAAAAGAACAGCGUUAAUUUGUUAGCCGAUACCUAAUGCGUUAAACUAUGUUAAUGAACUUUACUGUAAAUUUAUACUUUGCUGGUUUAAUGGAAGAUCACUCCAGGAUAAUGCUUGUUUCUAUGAAAACUGCCCUUAAGGAGUGAUUGGUUUUAUUAUUAGUCUAGGACUACCCAGUGUUACUUAUUCUAUGUAUUUGAGCUUCUUUAUAAAUGUUUAUUUUAACUUUACCGAUACUUUAUUCAAUACGUUUAUGUGAUAGACUACUGUAUAAUUUUAAGUAACUUUGGAUACAAGCGUCUGCUAAAUGAAUGAAAGUAAAAAUGCAAAUAGUAUGUAAAUAUGAAAGUGUUAUAAUAGUGAAUGUUUGAAAAAAGAAAAAUGUAAAUAAAUCAAAAAAUGUUUUAA